GAUAUUUUCAAAUCAGCAGCAGGUCAGUGAGAAUGCAAAAUGGUAACUAAUGAUUUAAAAGUGUCCAGAAUGUCAAUUUAGUAGCCUACCAUAAACUAUUGAGUGUAGCAGGGAAUAAUGAACAAGUGAACUAAGGAGUGAUUUUGGACCAGCUCGUUUUAAAUUGCAGCCAUUGAACACUACUGCAGCUGGAGCACCAGGUGAAUUUAAUUAAGAGAAAGCUAGCUAGCUAGCUUAUUAUGUUCACGAGGACCACAUUUGUGGAGUGACACGAGAGAUAACAACAACAACAAUCAUCAUUUUAACACCCUGACAUUUAGCUAUAGAGUGGAAUUUAACAAAAUGACCAUGUUGGGGACACUCUUAACCCGGCGGCUGACACCUAUAGGCGGUCCGCGGACCCCACUUUGGGAACCAUCGCCCUCGAAAGCAUCACUCUAUUUUUUGGGAGAAGCCGCUCACGUGACAGGGAGAAGCAGCAAGCCAGCACACCGCCGCUGUUCGUUUGACAGCUUCCACAGCGCCGGACGGAGAAGCAAGCGGGGCAGAGGGACACAGAGAAAGAGACACUCGUCGAGGGAAGACAAAUAGAAGACACAAUCUCCUUUUGCAACAUAAGAACUCCGCAGACUCCUCCAAUCGAGACGGCUGGCACACACCAUGGACGGUUAUGCCCUGACCGAAGAUGAGCUGUUCUCCUCCUGCCUACUGAACCUCACCUGGGAGAAUUGCUACGAGCAGUGUGCUGCCUUGGUUGGUGAAGACCAGCCCCUCUGCCCAGACCUCCCUGAACUAGACCUCUCAGAGCUGGAUGUCAGUGACUUAGAUGCAGACAGCUUCCUGGGUGGCCUCAAAUGGUACAAUGACCAAUCGGAGAUUAUUUCCACCCAGUAUGGCAACGAUGCAUCCAAUCUCUUUGAGAAGAUAGAUGAAGAAAAUGAGGCCAACUUGCUGGCAGUGCUUACAGAGACCCUGGACAGCAUCCCGGUGGAUGAGGACGGAUUGCCUUCGUUUGAGGCCCUGGCAGAUGGGGACGUGACCAAUGCCAGUGACCGGAGCUGUCCCUCCUCCCCUGACGGCUCGCCACGCACCCCAGAGCCUGAGGAGCCUUCCCUGCUGAAGAAGCUCCUUCUGGCACCCGCAAACUCCCAGCUCAGCUAUAAUCAAUACACAGGUGGCAAGGCACAGAACCAUGCAGCCAGCAGCAACCACCGGAUCAGACCACCACCUGCCGUCGUCAAGACGGAGAGCCCAUGGAAUGGCAAAGCAAGAGGGGGCUCUAGCCAACAGAACCGCCCGGUGAGGCGGCCUUGCACUGAGCUGCUGAAAUACCUAACAGCCACCGAUGACAUCCUGCUCCACACCAAAGCCAGUGACGCCAAGAGCACCUGGGGGGGUGCCAAUAGCAGGGACAAGAGUGGCCUGGGUCUUGGUGCCUCUUCCUCUUCCUCUUCGCCAUCCUCGUCAUCCACAUCCUCGUUCUCCUCCCUCUCAUCAACCUCUUCUUCUUCUUCCUCCACCACCUCCAAGAAGAAGUCAGCUGUACCAUCUCAGCAGCAGCAGCAGCAGCCGCCGCCGCAGCAUCACCAGCGAGGUGAGAGCCGGGCUGCAGGCGAGUGUAGUGUGGCUGGUGUUGGGGCUGGGAAGUGGCAGCGUUGCACUCACAAUGCCGGGGUUAAGGAGGCGGAGGGUGCUUCUAUCCCUGUCGGCCACAGAACCUCCACCUGCGGCCAUGCCCGCCCCAAACUGGAGCACGGGUCGCCCAGUGAAGAAGGAAGGCCGCCAGGCGAUGUGGGCCGCCUGGCCGCCGCUAGGUUUAUUAGGUAUAUGCAUUCUUAUUCCCUCCCUCCCCGAGAGGUGAGUCACAGCUGUGAGCAUUGCCGAGAGGCUGCGGGCGCCACUCAGGCUAGUGAGGGCUUUGGCAGGCAAGGCCGUAGAAAAGGUAGUGGUGCUAGCCGUGCACCUCAUAGGUACAUCACAGUGACAAUUAAGGAAAGAGAUGAGAAGCCGGGGCACCCUUUACUUAGCCAGCUGCUCACCUCCAAACAGAGGCCUGCUCAAUAUCGAGCUCACCUACUCCCACCUAAGAUCACCCCUUUACCCAGCAUUCAGAGCAAAUCAGCAGGUAAGAGGUCUGUGAGCCCAGCACAGGCUCCCUCAAAGGUGGAGGAGGAAGAGUUGGGAGGGACCACUGAUUGUAGAAACCGGGGAGUAUGUCAGCUUGAAGAGCCUGACUUAGGGUCCCUGUUGUCACCUCUGGCCUUAGACCUAGAGAGCUGGGUUAACCAGCAAGACUCAGGGCUAGACAUGGGCUUUGGACUAGAGCUUGGGUGGCUAAACCAAGGGCUCUAUGGGGAGGAUGUUGACCGUGAUGAUGAUGAUGAUGAUGAUGAUGACCAUGUCAUGGGCAGCCCCACUGCGGUGCUCUCCCAGGGCCAACCAAGCCCACUCUUCCCAGACACUAGAAUUGCAGAGCCCGCCCCUCCCUGCAUCAUACAAGGGCAAGGGCACCCACACAGGCAGGCACUCAGCGAGCACCCCGACGACCAGGGCCUCCUGUUGUUAGCCAAACCAACCACCUUGCCACUUCCUUUGACCCCAGAGUCUCCAAAUGACCACAAGGGAUCACCGUUUGAGAACAAAACCAUUGAACGCACAUUAAGUGUGGAGAUUGCUGGAACCCCAGGUCUGACACCACCUACCACGCCCCCACACAAAGCCAGUCAAGAGAAUCCUUUCAAAGCAUCGCUCAAAACCAAGUUGUCUUCAUGUUCCUCAUCGGCCUUGGCAUGCAAAAGAGCCAGGCUGAGCGAAUUGGGCCCCGGCGCUCUGGCCCCGGCCCCAGGUGCCUCAGGCGGGGGCCCCACCAGGAAGGGUCCCGAACAGACUGAGCUUUAUGCCCAGCUGAGCAAAGCGUCCACCACCCUACCUUACUCCGUCACCCAACACUCAGUGGGGGGCGGCCUUGAGGAGCAUCGCAGCACUAGCAACAAUAAGCGGGCGGCGUCCCGUAGCUACAGUGACCAUGACUAUUGCCAAGCAUCAGCUAGCACUAAGAAGGACGGCGGCACAGUCACUGUUACCAUGACUACAGCAGCGGAAAUGACGGUCACCUCAGGUGCCACCGCUGCUCCCAUGCCUACUACAGGCAAAGUGGAGGACAGGCAUGUUGAAUGUAAGGACUCAGCAAUUCCACCAUCCUCUUCAUCAUCUUCAUCUUCUUGUUCUCCAUCAUCAGCUUCAUCUGGUCCUUUGGCUAAGCAGUUAAAUGUUGCCUCUGUGAACGGAGAAGCAGCCCGGGUCCAGGAGUUAGGGAAGCAGCCCCUUACACAAACCACCCAGAUGCCCUCACAAGAGGCCACUACUGACUGGGACCAACUACACUCUGCUGCCAUCAGCCGGAAGCUAUUGUGUGACCAGGAAAUCAGAGCAGAACUCAACAAGCACUUUGGCCCCCCCUUAAAAGCCUUUUAUAGCCCGGGUGGCCAGGAGAGAGAACCAGGCAGCAAACCAAGUAAGGCUGUAGCCCCGAAGACCCUUGCGGAGGGAGAGAAUGGCUCCUACUCACAGAGGCUGCCUGGCUCCAGCUACCUGCACCCAGGGUUUCUGCCCUUCCAAGAUGAGUUAGAGCUGGGUGAGGGCCGUGAGAGUCGCUUCCUCUAUCCGUGGGAGGGCACCCCUCUGGACCUUCUCUUUGACUGCCCACCCUGCUCCCCCUCCUGUUCCCCACCAUCCAGCUGCUCCCCUUCACGAGGCUCCAUCUCCCCACCUUCCUCCCUCCUCCUCUCGCCCAGCAGGCCUUUCUGCUGGACCAGCAGCGGAUCCCGCUCCCGUUCUCGUUCCCACUCUGGCUCCCGCAGUUCCUCCUCGCGCUACCGGAGGCGCUCCCUCUCCAGCUCACCUGACAGACGCCCCUCCUCCUGGUCUCGUCACAACACAGAUCCAAGCACCAUUCGUUCCAGGACUCACAAGAGCCCCCACCCUCAGUCUCGAUCUCCUCUUAGCCGCAGGCCAAGGUAUGACAGCUACGAGGAGUACCAGCACGAGAGGCUGAAGAGGGAGGAGUACCGCCGGGACUACGAGAAGCGGGAGUUCGAAAGGGCCGAGCAGAGAGAGAGGCAAAAACAAAAAGCAAUAGAGGAGAGACGGGUGGUGUACGUGGGGCGACUGAGGUCCGACUGCACCCGGACAGAAUUGAAGCGCCGCUUUGAAGUCUUUGGCGAAAUUGAAGAAUGUGCAGUGAACCUGAGAGACGAUGGGGACAAUUUUGGCUUCAUCACGUACCGCUACACUUGUGACGCCUUUGCCGCCCUUGAGAACGGACACACCUUACGCAGGUCAAACGAGCCUCAGUUCGAGCUGUGCUUUGGCGGACAAAAGCAGUUCUGCAAAUCACAUUACACAGACUUGGACUCUCAUUCGGAUGACUUUGAUCCAGCUUCCACAAAAAGCAAGUAUGACUCCAUGGAUUUUGACAGCUUGCUGAGAGAGGCCCAGCACAGCCUGAGAAGGUAACAGUUCAGUGGCACAUGCUCUCGGUCAUAAAGAGGGACUUCUGAUACCUUACUGUUGUUUCUCGCUCCUUUGCCGACGAGACUACCAGAAGUUUUACACUCUAUGUCAGAGUAUAUAAGAAUAAGUCUAUAGACCUAUAUCAAUAUAAAUGAAUAUAUCAAAAAUAAAGUUUACAUGAACAUAGCUGCUGAAGAGCUGGGAAAAGACAUUGCAUUCUGGGAAAGCCAGUGAACCCUCAGAACCUGGUGCACAGGUUUGGUGCACUCUACUGCUGCACAACCGUCAGUGAAAGAAGAAAAAAAAAAAACAUUCAUGAUUUUUUUCUCCAAGCACUACAAUGCCCACCAUUAUUUUGGGGGUGAAAACAUGCAGCUUGUUCAGCCAGAUUUGUUUUCUUUUGCUGUUGAUUUUUUCUUUCUUUUAAAUCUGAUGUUUGGAUCUAGUGUUACGUUACAAGCAAGAGUGUCGGGAAUUGUACCUCGGAGGUAAAAUUCUCAAGGUAACAUUGUCGUCUACAUUUUAAGGAGAAAUGUAGACAUGUAUUUACAAAUACUAUAAAAAGGAAUAUUUUUUAUUUUAUGUACAUAUCGGAUAAAGUUCUUUAUUUGUUACAGCUAUGCACUGUAAAACGCAGCCUUUUUUUAAAAAAGAGGAGAAAAUUUCUUAAUUCAGAAUGUCUAUCUGUAGUCAUUACAAUACCGUAAAACAUAUUGUACAUCUACAUGAUGUGUAGAAGACAUGAUAUGAUUGUAAAAAAGAAAAAAAGAUAUGUCCGAUUGCUCAUUUUGAAGGAGCAUGUAAACAAAUGUCCUUUUUUAAGUUAUUUUGUUGGGUAAAAAAACAGUCAACCAUGUAUAGUUUUCUCUGUUUAUAAAGUUUCUCAGUCAGUGUUUUUGCUUAUACAACCAGUGUAAAAUACAUUUUUAACGUGUUUUUCAUGAUUGUAAAAAAAAAAGGUACCCCAUUUUUUUAAUUAUUAGUUAUAUGUAUAUGUAUAUAUAUAUAUAUAUAUAUGUGUGUAUGUAUAUAUAUAUAUAUAUAUAUAUAUAUAUAUAUAUAUAUAUAUAUAUAUAUACCGUAUAUGCAACCUGGUUUGAUUUCAUUACUUUGUACGGUAACCCUUUUGAUUACCUUCACUGAAAGAGAAUAAUGCAUUAAAAUCAGUACAAAUACAUAUUUAUCUAUUUAUUUUAAUAUUUGAAUCAAGACUAUUUAUGGGCUCCAUUUUCCAUGGCGUACCUCAUGAAAUUUAUUUACUGUCUGUGUUGUCCUUUGAUUUGUGUUAUUUAACUUCCAAUCACUAGACAGGGUGUACAAUAAACGGUUUGGUGGGGAUAAUAUUACCUUCUAUGCCUUUCCAAAACAAUCAAAACAUUCAGCUAAUCACUCCAGCAGGCAGCCCCUCAUCAUUUCCACUCAUUAGUCACAUCUGCAGCACGUCGCUGGUCUUUCUUUCCACACAGACGCAGAACAUAAGCAAUAAAAUGAUUUUGUAGGAAUUUUUGUUGUGCUAUUGUAAACACUUGUUCAUCGCUCCACUCACGCUUGAUUAUGUGAAUGCCAAACAAAAGUUUACAAUUUCCUUUUCCUGAAUUUUUUAAAGAUCUUGUAUUUGAUGUACAAUGUGUGUAUGUAUAUAUAUAUAUAUAUAUAUAUAUAUAUAUAUAUAUAUAUAUAUAUAUAUAUAUAUAUAUAUACAAUGAUGAUACUACUAAUAUUAUUCACAAAAAUUACAAAAUGAUUAAUAAUAAUGAUAAUAAUAUAAAUGAAAGAAAAAACUAUAUAAAAAGCAAUAACUUAUUUUUCAGAGUUGUAUUUUAGCUCCUAUUGUUGUGUGAUUUUUGGACGUGACCCAUUACCCAGUCGCUAAUAGCUAGGAAGACUCCAUUCCAGUGUCUUGGCAUUUCAUCCCCGUGACAUCACCUUGUGCGGUAAACACUCAAAUGUCCACCUACCACUCUUCCCUUUAAGAUGUAAUUGAGUCUAUGUGAUUGUAAUGCACGCAUUACCUUGUGACAUCUGUGCAAACGUGACUGACUCUUAACUCCACCCUGUGUGUAAAACAUGUCGCGUUGGAACUGUUUGUUGCAUAGUGCAUGGCUAUUACAGGAUGACAGUCGGUACAGUAUAUACCACUUUGGAUAUCUGCCUCUCAGCUGUCUUAACUGGCAGAUUUUAAAUGACAUUCUAUAAGCCUAGAGAAAACUACUCAACAAUGUAUCGCAUGCUGCACCACUUUCCAUCAGCACCCGGCCCCCCCCUCUCCCACCACCCCCACUCACAGUCCAGCUAUCACAGCGCCGCCAACAUGACAUUAAAGGUAACCUUGCGGUUUCUGGUUCAAUUAAUAUCCCGUUUCUAGCUCGAGCCAAGUAAUGAGAGAAGCAGCUUCCAUCACAGGAAGGAGAAAUCUUUUGUAUGAAAGCUUUGCUGAUCACAGGCUUCCUUUCACGGAGUUUGACCGUAGAGACAAGAAACGGCUAAUUUUUGAUGAUGCAAAGAGGCAAAAACUGGUCGAGGGAAGGAUGAAAAAAACCUGUUACCUGUGUUUUAAGACAUUGUUUUACUUUUUUGCUGUCUGUAUAGCGUUUGGGUAAUGGUGUCGUGUCCCAUUUGAUAGAUGUGGCUUUAAUCAUUGUAAUAAAAAAAUGCUUUGUAAAUUGCCUGGAGUAGCAAUAUAUUAUAACACCUUAUGGUUCAAAUUUCAACUGUGGCGGACUUUUUAAUAAUGUGACCUACUGAGGACUUUGCCACUGCUUAAACGUUUGUUGGGUAAUCAUGUUUUUUUUGGAAGGACAAUAUAUGUAUGAGCGUGUGUGUGUGUGUGUGUGUGUGUGUGUGUUUGUGAUUUCAGGCAGAUAUGUGUGUAUGUGUGUGUUUGGGGGGAGGGGGGAUCGCUAUGGGUUGUUACCUGUUUGUGUCCUAUCCACGUUGCCUUCUGCCAAGUCCUUACCAAUGCCUUUGUGGUUCUACCUAUUGUACGACUUUCUUGUGAAUUUCAUUUUUUAUGUGCAAUUCUCAUCAGCCUCACCAUGCCAAUAAAGGGAAAUGUGUUUGAAAAAAAAAAAAA